AUGUCAAUGUGGAAGUGCUUGUAUUUGGUAUGUCUAUUGUUAGAUGUAAACAAUUGCAGUUUAGUAAAUGUGGCACUUCACAAAUCAGCUACCCAAAUUAGCACUUAUCUAACAUUUGUAGCAUCUAGAGCUACUGAUGGUAUCGAUGGAUUAUUGCCAAGUCAAACCAGUUGUUCGCAUACGAAAGGAUUCGGUGCCGACCCAGCCGAAUCUUCACCUUGGUGGGAAGUUGAUAUUCUGCAAGACUACUUCAUCUAUGCUGUGUCCAUAACACAUAUUGACUUGCCCGGCCUGCAAUUGGCUCACGAUUUUUCUAUUGAGAUCUAUAAAGAUGGGGAGUCUAUUUCUGAUACCGAACUUUGUUACUAUCAUGUGGGUAAAGGAACCAGAGGAAAAACUGUACUGUAUAAUUGUAAACAGAUAAUGAAAGGUCGCUAUGUUAGAAUUAUUAUCAAUGGUCAACCGGGCGUUAAGGAAAUGCUAAUAUUAUGUGAGGUUCGAGUAUUUGGAACACGAAUCGCCAGCAUCAAUUCGUCAUACAGUCGAUUAGAAGAUGCAAAAGUAUCUUCCACGCCGGAUAUGACGUACAAUGUACAAGGAUAUGGUCAAUGUGCUAUGAAAUGUUAUGUGUUACCAUUGUGUCAUAUCUUCAGUGUUAAAUUGGUGUCUGAUUAUUAUCAAUGUAAUAUAUUUACACAGGAAAAUACUGAGCUCGCAGCAAACUCUACAGGACGACCCGACAUUGCAGUUUUUUUAAACUAA